GAUUUAAGACCUGUGUCCUCACCAACAACUGGGUGGACGACAGCGGUGGGCGGCUCUUCACGGCCGCACUGAUGAACCUUCUGCGUCGUCACUUUGACCUGGUGAUCGAGUCCUGCCGCGUUGGAGCGCAGAAGCCGGAUCCUGACAUCUACACCUAUGCCCUGGAUGCGCUGCAGGCGAAGCCGCAGGAGGUCAUCUUCCUGGACGACAUCGGGGAGAACUUGAAGCCGGCUCGGGAGAUGGGCAUGGCCACCAUCCUUGUCAGGGACACCGAAACCGUCCUGAAGGAGCUGGAGGAGCUCUCGGGCAUCCAGCUUCUCACCCAAGAAGAGCCACUGCCGACUGCCUGUGAUCCAUCCGAUGUGACCCACGGCUAUGUGCCCAUCCGGCCCGGCGUCCAGCUGCACUUCGUGGAGAUGGGACACGGCCCCGUCAUCUGCCUCUGCCAUGGCUUCCCUGAGUCCUGGCUCUCCUGGCGCUACCAGAUCCCAGCUUUGGCCGACGCCGGCUUCAGGGUGAUUGCUCUGGAGAUGAAGGGCUAUGGGGAGUCCACGGCCCCGCCAGAUAUAAAAGAAUAUUCCCAGGAGCAGAUCUGCAAGGACCUGGUGGUUUUCCUGGACAAACUGGGAAUCAGCUCCCCCCUCCCCGCAGGGCAUCGCGCAGACGGUGCUGACUGGGGCGGUGCCGUGGUUUGGAAUAUGGCUCUGUUCUACCCCGAGAGGGUGAGAGCCGUGGCCUCGCUGAACACCCCGUACCGACCCGCCGACCCCGCCGUGGAUGUCGUGGAGAUGCUGAAAUCUUAUCCCACCUUUGACUACCAGUUCUACUUCCAGGAGCCGGGUGUUGCAGAAGCGGAGCUUGAGAAGGACAUCGGACCGGCUGCCCUUUGCGCUCAACUUCCAUGGGGUCCAGGAGCGAGGGGACCCCUGAACUGGUACCGCAACAUGCGACCCAACUGGCGCUGGGCACUCUCCGCCAAGGGCAGGCCAGCGGCGCUCAACAGGAUCCUCCUGGAGUGGCUGGAGGGGCUCCCACCCGACCCACCCCUGCCUGGGAUCUCCCGGCUGUGA